AUGCAUGAAGGGAGAUAUGAAGCACAGGUAGCACCGCGCUUCAACGGCGCACCAUUAUAUGGUAUUGCUGAUGAGAUCUUGGGAAGUGAAGAGAAGUUGUUAAAACUCGGAGACUCGGCAACCCGGAGCUCCAAUUUCACUGCUAAGUACUGGGACCCGCAGGAACUUUGCUUCACCCAAACAUCUAGUAUUUGA